UCCUCCAUGCACAUGUGCAAAACCAAACCUCCCUCCUCCUCCUGCAUGUGUCUUCCCCUUUUGUACUUGGUCUCAUCCCUUGCUGACAUUUUAACUGUAGCUGUCAACAGCAACUCUUCACAGCCCGGACAGAAGUAUCAGAAAGAGCAGUGAGAGCGAAGCGGUCGUCCCGUUGUGAUUGUGUUAUUGGAUCAUAAUCUGGUGAAGUGAUUAUUUCAGUGCCAUGUGGGACUGUUGUGGCUUGGCUGCAUGUCAGCAGCUCUGAAGAGUCUAUUCUGAAGCUCGCCCUUGGACCAUCCUGGACUGAACUCUGUAAAAUCUGAAACAGCUCUGGAAUGUGCCUGAAAGUCUUCACCUACCAGACUACUUUCCUUUACAAUCAAGACCCCCGAUUUCAUCCAGAGGAACAGGUGAGUUUCUUACUCAGUCCAUUUCUUGGCAUGAGAAAUCCAUAAAAGCUUAUAUUCCUCUUUAAACAGUUGCUGCGAAAGGUUAAAAAGAGAGAGAGAAACAGGCUACAAAAGCUAUCAAUUUACUUUGAAAUCUUACUUUCUUUUCAAGUUUUCUUUUCGUCUCCAGUGGACUUUUGUCAAGGGAGAGUCUCCGUGCUUCGGGCAGUGUGAGUCAGCUUAGCAGAAAAAUAAUCAGGCUCAAAAUGUUGAUUCUCUGCAGGGCUGAAUGAUUUUUGCAGCUCUCCAAGCUUAGGUCACUGCAACAAGUUGAUAAAGAAACAGUGGAAAUUCCCAGAGCUGUACCACUGUAGAGGACUGAGCUACCUAUGAAACACUGCUUAGGUAUUGGGGAGUCGAACUAUGAAGCACAUUUUUUUCCAUUUUGUCUUGCAAAUUUGAUUUAUUGGGCAUGUGUUUCCCCUCUAAGGAGGCCGAGGUUUUGCUCUUUUAAACUGCCUCACUGUGGACAACGCUGUGUUAUAGCAACCGAGCUUGGCUCAGUUUAUGGGAUUAACAAACACAUACUUGGCUCAGAUAGAUGAAAUGAUAGAUUGAAACUUGGAGCAGCUGUGUAUGUAACAGCACGUGUGUUAGAAUAACCCUAUAAAAAUGAAAGCCUGUAGAAAAUGAGAAAAUGAACUAAACAUGUACUAAUUGUGAAGAGCAGAGAGAAAAACAAGAGUGUAGAUCAAAAUACUCAGGCUUAUUUUUAGUCAGAGGGAAAAAUCUGUUUGUGAUUAGUCAUAUCAGCCAGACGUGUGACUAAAAACGGCUCAUGAAUAAUUCUAGAAAUCGUCUUGAUUCGAGAGAAAAAUCUUUUUGAGUCCAUGCUGGUCAAAGUUUCCAACCCGCACGACUUGAAAGUUUCAUGAAUAAGCCAUUAAAUCAAACCCAUUUCUACCUGCGCUGUUGUACACACAAUCAAAGGCACACUUCCGCACAGGCACACAUUAUCAUUCUCUGAAGAUGCUCUGGCUCCAAAUGGCUUCUCCAUUAUUGAGUUUGGAUGGGACAGCCUAUCUCUGCUCAGCAGUUAAUGGCAUUAGAAGCUUCCUGAGCCUAUAAACACAAACCAGGGCCUGGCCUGAGCGGUAGAACAAAAUGUAGAAGGAGGAGACUAGAGAGGUACAAAGAAAUAAGCAUUUAGAGUCCGAGCACGUCUACUUUCCUGGUGCUAAAAUCUCAGAGAUAGAGACCAGGAAUUGGCAGGGUAGCAUCUGCAUAAAAGCAACUAUUGGCUCCUGUUAUUAUACAGGAAAAAACAUCAUAUGUUAUCUCUGUAGGUGAGAUUUGAGGGGGCUAAAUUAGAGAAGCGCACACGUGAUAACAUGGUCAUUAUUUCCUUUUUAUAUAUUGACAUUCAAGCAUGGUUGUUUGUCAUGUGCUCAUGUCGCACCUGCACGUUUUUAACAGGAAGUGGCAUAGAUGACUGACGCAGAUGCUUCUGCCUAACUGGCAUGAAUCAUUGGCCCUGUGAUGAAUUGGGGGAGACAGGGCCGCUUAGUUGGACCUAUGUAACACUGAUUAAAGUUACAGGUCACGUAAUAGACUAUAAAUAUGCAGGGUAAUCAUUUUAACACAAGUCAGACAAAGAGCUUGGAUGUCAAAAAAUGGGAUCCAUGUGAUUUCAGAGAGCAGAGGUUUCCACAUACAAGGAGUUGAAUUGUUGACAAAAUGUGAGCAUUGUUUUUUUUUAGCUUUACACAGCAGUUGAGGUCGAGGCCAUGUGGGGGGAAUUUUGACAAUCUCAGUUUGUAUUCGAGGUGCGGGUGCCGACUGUUAAUGUCAGGGAGUAUGACUAAGCCUGUAUGUUUUCAUGGAAGGCGGAGGUGAAACUACACUCGCGGCUCAAACACCAUGUACUUUCAGCCAUCUGCCCCUCUUGAGCUCAUUGAGCUGUGAAAUAGGCUCGGGGAGAUACAAAAUGUUUAAGCUGUGUAUGAACUGAAAGUGUCAAAGUACUAAACUUGUGUUGCCUUCAUGACUUUAUACUCCCCCCCCAGAACUAACACGCUAUCCUCUGUCUUUAUGUUCUAACAGGUCAAUUUCCCACCAAUUUAACUGACUGAAAACUAAAAGAACAAUGGACUCAACCGUCACACCUCAAGCAAACACCACAAACUCAACCCUGUGUGUCGAAAUUCGUAAACAUGGGAUAAGUGACUUUCUCAUGUCUGUUUAUAUCCUGGCAUUUAUCUUCGGUUUGAUCUUCAAUGUCAUCACCCUGGGGCCCAUCUGGCUGCAAAUGCGUCGGGGCAACAUCUUGGGGAUCUUCCUGCUCAAUCUAUCCAUCUCAGAUAUGCUUUUCCUCUUCACCAUGCCCCUUUGGAUCAACUAUUACCACCAGGACCAUAACUGGAAGUUAGGCGUUCAGUCCUGUAGUGUUGCUGGCUUCUUCUAUUACUCCAACAUGUACAUCAGCAUCUACCUGCUCUGCUGUAUCUCCGUGGAUCGCUGCCUGGUAGUCACCUUACCCCUCCGCUCCAAAGCUUUUCGUACAUCACGCUACGCCUGGGUGCUGUGCAUCUGUGUUUAUGUUGUGGUGACUGUGCUUCAUGUUAUGGUGCUGGUCAAAGAUGAUCUUAAAGACGCCCAUGAUGACAAAAACGAAAGCGACCGCUGUUACGAGACUUAUCCCAUAAAGAGACCCAUGGCCCUGUUUAACCUGCUCAGAGUGGGCUUUGGCUUCCUGUUGCCUCUGAUGGUGCUGGCGGUGAGCUACUGGAAGGUGCUGGCUACUGUCGAUCAAAGUCCUGGCCUCAGCGCCCAAAUGAAGAAAAAAGUCCGCCUGCUUUCCUAUGGCGUGAUUGGGAUCUUCUCAGUGUGCUUCGCCCCCUAUCACAUACUCCUGCUCGUGCGCUCGCUAGUCUUUUACAACAGCGAAAACCAAGAAGCUGGAGGAAGUUACUGCGACUUUGAGCAAAAAAUGCACUUUGUUUUCUCAUGUUCUUUAGCACUGUCCAGUCUGAACUGUGUGGUGGACCCUGUGUUAUACGUGCUGGUCAGUAACGGGGUCCGGGAGGAUAUAAAACAGUUUUGGAGGUGGCAUAGAAGUACUCAGACAGAUGAUACUUCUCUAACUGCAAACAGCAGGAGAAAGGCUAAUGCUAAUUUAAUAUAACAGGGUAACUUUUAUGUAAGAUAAAACCACAAACUGCAUGUGAGUGUGCAUACAUAUACAUAUAGGAUUAUGCAUAAAACUGAAGCGGUUUGAACCCAUGUCUCCAUUUUUGCAGUUAGCAAAUAAGUAGCAGGAUUAUUUAUAUCCAGUUAACAACCUUUAGUGAACAAGCAAUCAAACAUCCUCUGAAUACACCACGACGAUGCCCUGUCUCAUAGCCAGCCCAGUACUGAGGAGGUGGUUGAAACACAUUUCAGAGAUCUGUAAUUUGAUUGUACUCUGAGGUUCUGUUCUCCCCAAGGGUGCUUCAGUGGCAGCCACUUCUUGUCCAUGGUUGGACACUACAGAGGCUGAAGGGCCCUUGUGUUUUCCCUCCGAUCUAUAUGAGAAUAUCGUCAUUGUGAUUGUGUGACCCUGAUGUAGGACAAGGUGCAUUAUCUCUGCAUGCCAUAAAAAAGCAUUUACAAGCAUGACUGUAUGUCCUCUAUGUGCCGGUUAACAUGAUGCAUAUAAAACUAAAUAAACGCAGUGGUUUGAAAAGAUA